AGUGACCAUACUAGAACUGUACAACCGGGGUAGGCCAUGGUGAGGCACCUAUAAUGUUAUCAAGCCUGCCCUUCCCAGAAUCCAAUGACAGACAUUAGGGGCCUCCCACCCAUCAUGGUUGGUGAACCAUAUCCUGGAGUGGCCCUUGGGGUGGAGGAAGGUCUACUCUGCCAGCUGCUUCAUUCUCCAGAAUUCAACUUAUUCCCCAAUUCGGCUGUCUUUGAAAGCAACUUCAUCCAGGUCACAAAGACUGAGGACUGGGUAGAUGUUGAGGAUAGGUCCACAACUGUGGUCCUUGGAGUGACCUCCUCAGUGCCAAGCCUGCCACUACCAAACAUCUUCCUGAUGGCUAAGGUCACCUGGCCCCAGGGACAUUUAUCAACAUGGACCAAACCCAUCAAUCCACCAACUAUCACUCUUAGUAGGAUUGUCCCACUGAAAUUUGUGGAGAUCAUGAUCUAUGACAGGUCCCAACGUAUCCUGAGGGUCAGAACUGUGACUGAAAAGAUCUAUUACAUGAAGCUCCAUCCCAAACACCCUGAAGCUGUCUUCCAUUUCUGGAUUCGACUGGUGAACAUUCUGGAGAAGGGCCUGUCCAUCACCACCAAAGAUCCUAGAAUCCAUGUGAAUCAUUGCUUGGUGCCCAAAACCCCUAGCACAACCAUUCUGCAAGAAGUAAAGUCAACAAAAUAUGACCCAUCAAUCUCUCAGUCAAGUGAGAGCCUGAUGCUGCUGGGGGCCACAGGGAUACAUGAAACCUUCUCUGAUCUCUCUAUAGAUCUUACCACCAAGAAAGACCGACUAAAGAGAAGUUGUACCAGCAGUAAAACCAAUGAAACUGAGAUCAAAGGAGAUGCCCGAUCCAACUCAGGAUAUGCCAGAGAAAAACAAGACAAGUGGGAUAUUCAACAAUAUUCUGGGUACAACUCGAAUGACAAAGAUAAACUAAAGUGGACAGAAUCUUUGAACCAUGGCCUCUGGGAACAAGAGAACCCUUCUGGGUUGCAGCCACUUUCUCGGCUCGGCACCCUAGCAGCCUCCCCCCAUCAAGUUCGGCCACAGUCUUAGGAAGAGGGUCUUUUGACGCUGAUGACUCUGACCCCCAGAAGUUAGAGAGUGAUCGUCCCUCUUCACUACACUAGAACGUCACUAUAGCACUGUCAUGGAGGCCACACCAUGGAAUCAUCCUAGAGGCGAAACAGGGUUAGAACAAGGCUUUUCCUGUACUUCCACUGAAUAAAUCCCACUUGAUUGGGAAGCAAGGCUGCCCCAUGUUGU